GAUUCGACUCUGCGGUUACCACAUACCAUCAAAGAUGGAAGUCAAGUUGACACAACAAAAAUUAUUAGCAAUUAAUUUGUAGAUAGCUAGCUUAUUCUGAAGUGUCAUUCAAAAAAUUAAGUGACAACUUAGUCUUUGGUUUAUUUUAAUCAAGUCAAAUGAAUAAAAGAGUGAUAUUUCAUAUCAACAAAUUGUAUAUAAAUGAAAAUGUCAGGGACAUUGUACAGAAAGUAAAGCUUAAACAACAAAGAUGUAGUUUUUCGUUUGUGAGGUAUUUUAGUGGUCUUGUUGGAAAUAAAGACAAAUAUGGUGAUGUUGAAACACCGAUAUUUAGACCAAAAAGGGUUGUCAUACUGUCAAGAAUUACGAGAUAUGAAUUUGAAAAGAUCAGAUACAAAGAUGCUGCGGAAGAUCAAUUUAAAGCAAAGAUGCAAAGAAAGCGCUCAGAUUACCAGACGCUUCUCGAGCGUCACUUAAAACAUUAUUCAUGUGUAGAAAACAUGACAAAACUUCUUAAUGAAAAUGGUAUAGAAACAAAAGUUGUUAAGCGGCCCCAGUAUACAAAGGAAGUACUUGACUGGGCAGAUGCUGUGAUAACUGCUGGAGGGGAUGGCACAUUCCUGGAUGCAGCCUCCAAAAUCCUUACUGUAGAUAUGCCUAUCAUUGGAUUAAAUACAGAUCCUGAUAGAUCUGAAGGUCAGCUGUGUCUUUCAAAAGAAAAAUAUUCUGCCCUGCACUUUGAUAAAGUGCUCAACCUACUGUUGAAUGGUGAUUUCAGAUGGAAAUGGCGUCAGAGAAUACGGAUCACAAUGUCUGGUUACCACGCCUCGGAUAACCCAAUAGAGCUUUCAGACCAGCAACUCCAUUACCUGGAGCAUCGUUACACAGAGCAUGUGGCCGAGAACGAAGUUUGCUCUCGGCCAUUGUUCAUGAAGGGUUUUUCUCACACGCGAGUUCUCCCGGUUCGAGCUUUAAAUGAGGUCUAUCUCGGAGAAUGUCUUUCAUCAAGGGUCUCCUACUAUGAGUUCAGUGUAGAUGGUUCCCCAAGUGUUAAAGAGAAGAGCUCUGGUGUGACUGUGUGUACGGGGACCGGCUCUACAUCCUGGCAUUUCCACAUUAACCAGCUCACACCAGAGUCUGUCCAGGACAUUCUCAACAUAGCAAAUAUGGAAGGUCAGUGCUGCUACCCUACCUCGGACAAUGAUUAUGUUGAGACUGUAACUAGAGCGUUCAACAACUCUCUCAUAUUUGAUCCCAGUGAACCUUACAUGGGUUAUACUGUCAGGGAUCCUAUAGUUAAUGGUGUCUUUCAAGUACCCUCCCCUCGUGGCAAAGCCAAAAGGUUGGUGGUUGGAUCAAGAAUGUGGGAUGCCAGUCUGGUGUUGGAUGGUGGGUGCUCAUUUCGCUUCAAUGACGGUGCCAUAGCAACCAUGGAGAUAUUUCCUGAAGAUGCAUUACGAACUGUCCAGCUAGAUUGAACCAUGUGAACCGCGAUAAACAGUUCCACAUGAAUUAUGCCUGAUUCAACUACAUAACGCAUGCUAGAUUGAACCACAUAAACCUUGCUAGACUGAACCAGAUAUACCAUGCUAGACUGAACUAGAUAUACCAUGCUAGACUGAACCAGAUAUCCCAUGCUAGACUGAACCAGAUAUACCAUGCUAGACUGAACCGCAUGAAAUGGCUUGUUAAUGGAUACUUUUUUACCUGUGAUCACUGCGUCUUAUAAUAUUACAGCAUGAACUUUUAUUGAAUGCUGAUAAACAUACCUUGUUACAUGUAUUCCUGGGUCCAUGGCUUGUGUUAUGAGCUACUUUUUUACUAUUUGUGUACCAGUACAGUGAUCCAAUCAGCGCAAGCUGGCUGAGGCAAGCUUGGGCUGAAAAAAAGUCUUAAGUCCUAGUCCCACUAUUUAAGGAAUGAAUUGCGGGGUUGAUGUCAUUAUGGGAGUAUGAAUGCAAUUGGGCUGGUCAAAGUGUGUGGAGUCCAAAGCUCCAUGCGUACUUUGACAAGCCCAAUUGCGUUCAUAUCCUUGAUAAUGACAUCAACCCCGCAAUUCAUUACUUAUAUUUACACCAAUAGUUUCUUAGUUCAUUCAAGAAUUGUUAAAAAAUACUUCAUUUCAUUUAAGAAAACCAUUCAUUAAUCCUUUCUUACCCAUUCCGUUAAUAGAACGACCCGACUGUAACCGGAAACAUUUUUUAGCUCGACUAUUCGAAGAAUAGGUGGGCUACACUACUUGCCCCAGCGUCGGCGUCCGGUUAAAGUUUUAGGGCAAGUAGGGAUUUUCACUUAUAAGUCCAAUACCUUUCAUUCAAUUGAGUUAAUACUUCACACAGUUGUUCAGGGCCAUCACAUGAUGAGGUUAGAUAACUCCAUAUUAUUCUUUACACAGAUUAUGGCCCCUGAUUGACUAUGAAACUCAGGUUAAAGUUUCAGGGCAGGUUGGGAUAUUUAUAAAUAACUUCUAUACCCUUUGUUCGAUUGACUUAAUACUUCACACAGUUGUUCAGGACCAUCACACAAUGAGGUUACAUAACUCCAUAUUAUCCUUAAUACAAGUUAUGGCCCCGGAUUGAUAGGUUAAAGUUUUAGGGCAAGUUGGGAUUUUCACUUAACACUCCAAUACCAUUCAUUAAAUUGACUUAAUACUUCACACAGUUGUUCAGAGCCAUUACAUAAUGAGGUUAGAUAACUCCAUAUUUUCUUUUAUACAAAUUAUGGCCCUUGAUUGACUAUUAGACUUAGGUUAAAGUUUUAGGGCAGGUUGGGUUAUUUAUUAAUAACUUCUAUACCCUUUAUUCAAUUGACUUAAUACUUCACACAAUUGUUCAAGACCAUCACCCAAUGAGGUUACAUAACUCCAUAUCCUUAAUACAAGUUAUGGCCCCUGAUUGACGUAGGUUAAAGUUUUAGCCAAGUAAAAGUUAAGGGCAAGUUGGGAUUUGAAUAAAAAACUUCUAUACCUUUCAUUCAAUGCCCUUAAUAAUAUUCAAAAUUAUUUACGACCAUCUUACAACAAGAAACAUAACUCCAUUUCAACCCUAAAUACAAAUUAUGCCCCUUGAAUAUUUUUUUAUUUUAUUUUUUUAAUUUCUUUUGACAGGCACAUUUUUACAUUCUUGACCAGUUUUUUACUAAGGGAAAACAAGGAGGGCUAUACUAUAUGGCCAUUGAAUUUUUUUUAUUAUUAUUUUUUUUUUUUUUUUUUUUUUUAAUUUCUUUUGAAAGGCAUAUUUGUAUAUUCUUUACCACUUUUUUAUAAUGGGAAAUCAAGUUAUUUGAAUGACUUGCGUCAUUUUUCGGGUGGUGGGAGGACAGCAUCAAAGUCACCUUAUGUAUUGAAUAAUUUUAGUUGGGUUUGACAUAAAUAGACCAAACUUGGUAAUAUUACAUUGUUAUUGUAUUCACUUCUAAGUCAAAGCGGCGAAGUCGAGCGCGUUGUCUUACGACGGCUCUUGUUUUCAAAUGACGUCUCAAUAACACGGGAAAAGAUCAAUCGCUUGAAAUCACUUUUAAACGUAAAAUUUAAACACUUACAACAGUACAUUUAAAAUAUAAUAAAUUAACACUUUUUAAAAUGUUGAUUUAUAUUUAACGGGACCUGCUGACACAAUGCAAACAAUAACAAGAUCAAUAGUUUUCAUGUAUAUUGUUAUGCGAUGAAUUGCGAUCCGAACAUAUCCGAAGAUGUUGCGUUCAUUGAUUGAUAAACGCAAUUGCCGAAAGGCAGUUCAUUUAAGGAAUGGAAGUUGAGGUGUAAAUAUUAAGGAUUAAAUAAAUAGAGAAAACAAAAAGAAGUGUGUUUAUAAUUAUGAUAUAGUCUCAGAUAAUGUUUGAUAAAAUCCCAAGGGUCACUCUCUUUAUUAAACAGAAAUGGAUGGGAAAUACCAAGGGAAGCCUUAACUUGACAACUGACUCACUAUAUGCUAAUGAUGUAGAUAAGUGGGUUGAGCAUAGCGCUUUGCACAAACACUACCUGAGCAGUAUUUUUGAAUGAAAGAUUAUCAUUGCUAUUUAGUAAAAAAUCACCAAUUUUAUGUCAUAUUACCUCCCUGUAAGAUUUUCACCAUGGACUUUUUCGCUCAAAAAUGGAUAUUAUUAGUAUAUAUAGCAACAUAGAAUUGUAGAAACUUGAAAAAGGCAUGUGAUAUUUUUAUUUUGAUGUGCAUGUUAAAUUUAGAACAAACUUUUUGUUCUGUUGCAUUUUCUUAUUGCGAUAAAUGCACUUGUUUUAUCAAACUUGACAUAAAAUAAAUCAUAAAUGUUAAGAGAAGUCAUUUGAAUAUACAUACCGUAACAGUACAAUUUUUUUUUACAUCACUAAAACAUACUUUAUCAUCUGUUUAUGAACUCGAGCUGGUGGUCUACAAUCCCAUUACAUAAAAUGAACUUAUCCAGACUUGUUCAAGAAACUCUAAAUUUGCCGACUGCUGGUAUUAAUCAUUAUAUUUGUCUUAGUUUUUAUAUAGACAUUUGUAUUACUGAAUAACUGUUGCAUACUUUCAAAAACUGUUGUGUUUAACCUGUGGCAGCUGUAAAACUGUAAGGCUAGUAAAAGUGCUGAAUUUAGCUUGAUUCUUUAUUUUCCCAGAAAUAGUAUGGUGCAUCUUUUACAAGCAAUUACAUUUUCAUAAGAUGGCAGCUGACAAUCACUUUAAACGCUGAAAAUUCUGCUGUUGAACAAUUGAUUCUAGUCAUUGAAGAUGUUGUCUCAUAAAGAACAUGCGCUGUAGAAAGACAGUUAAGGUAUUAAUGAAAUAUGUGAAUUAUAGACGCCUGAUGACCCAUAUCAUAUUGGUAUCAUUUGUGUUUUAUGGGCUGAAAAAGAAAAUGUAAAAGUUGAACUGAAAAUAAUACCAUGUAUGACAAAUAAGGAUUUUUUCUGGCUUUGUAAAAAAGGUGCAAAUUAGGUCAUUUGACUUCGGAUUUCCAUGGAAAUAAAGAGCAAAAAUAUAAUGUUAAAUUGCUGUGUGUAUAAUGUAAUUUUGGUCAUUUAUUUUGAAUAUUAGUAGUGGGCGAGAGAUAAUCUUUGAAACGAUACAAAUAUUUUUUGGGGUCAUCAGGCAUCAAAAUUUAACAUUAUGUUUAAUGUAUCAGAGAAUCAGCUUUUUUGUUGGUCAGAUUUUUUAAGGACCAUUUCCAGGCCUUCAAAGCAGAUCGGUCUGUGUAAACACAAUUAUAAACAUGUAGGAUUGAUACUGAGAGAAAAAACAACAGUUUUUUUCAUGGUUUUUCAUAUAUUUACAUUCAUUCAUGAUUCAUAUCAAUAAUUUAAGACUACAGUUGAUUUCAUGUAAGUGUAAAUUGUUUUGUGUUUUUUUCACAUAUUGAACAUUUUUCCAUGAAAUGAAUGACUAUUUCGAAGACAUGUAACUGUCCAUUCCUGAGUUAAUCGCGUGGUUUAAAUCUAUUACCAGGUCAUAUUAUAAUUAUUUUCUUGUCAAUUCUUUUGAUAUUGUUGGUCAAAGAAAUAAGGCAUGGUAUUGUUAUAUCUAUGGUGUAACCGGCAUCACAAUCUUUCACCAUGGCCAUAGCUCAAAAACAGUUUGUGACGUUCAAAUGAAACUUGGUACAAAUGUAGCAAGGGACAAUACGCACAUGUUCAGUGAGGCUCUUAACUCUGGCUGUAAUAAAUAUUGAGUAAUGUUUCAUGUUUGAUUGAAAACCAUACAAGCAUUGGUGUGCUCUACGUGGUGAUCUUGUUUUAUAUAUUUACAUGUACUUGUAGUGUGGCAGCCAGUAUUACGUAAUACAGUCAUCCAAAAAGUCAUGACUAGCUAAUUAUCAUUAGUGUCAACAUUUCAGUAAAAACUAGAACAUGUUUUUAAUAUAAACAUAUGAAUUAUGAAUUUAAAUGUCAUGAAGCAUUCUGUAUAAUUAUGAAAAUGUCACACAUAUGCGUGUACAUACAUUGACUUCAAUUAUUCGGAAGCGAUGAUAAAAAACCCAGGCCCAUGUGAAAAUGGUAACCACAUGAUUGUGUUAUUAACACUCUUAUUAUUUAAGCAUUGUAGUGGUCUUAUUUUGACUUCUAUAAACAAUGCUGCAAUGUUCGUAUGUCAAGUGCAUGUAAUGGAAUUGCUAGUUUUAGCUUAUUGAGUUCAAACAUAUAUGUGAAAUUACUGGCUUUGCAUUUAGUUUGUAUUUGGAACUUGGAAUUUCAUGUACAUGUGUCUUUAAAAGAAAAAAGAAACUUACAAUAUGAAUUUGUUGGAAACUGAUAUGAAUUUGUUGUGAUCUGAUAAAGAAAUCAAUUAUCAAAUUGACAUUGUCAAAAGACAGUCUAAUGGCACUGUACUAAAUCACUCAAUUCAUCUAAACACUGUAUAAUUUCAUCUAUUGCUAAGACUUUGUUUUGAACUGUAUGAUGGUUUGUGAUGAAGCUAGUGUCAUUCGUAGACAACGUGCAUUUUUGUUUUGUUAAUAAAGCAUUAUUAAUGAGAUUUUAUAGAGUGGUUAUUCUACAAUUGUCUUGUUAAAUUGAUCAAGAUUGUUUGAUAAAGCUUUACA